AUGAGGAAGUUUUCUGAGAUCGAAAAGACAGGAGACGACUUCAUAUGUGCCGUGUGCACAAGUAGUACCACUGAACCAAUAUAUACAUGCCAAAACCAAUCCAUAUUGUCUCUGCUUCACACAAAUUUUCACCAUGAAGUACCACCCCAUUCAAACCUUCAUAGUGUUAAAAUCCCACAACCCAAUUCUUACAAAAGGGUUAUUUUUCUAAUUUUUUUCUUCAUUCUUCUCACUUCAUUCCCAUUCUGUCUCAAAAACCCUUCUCCUCCUUCAAUACCAUUGCCAUCUCCAGAGAAUGAUGUUGAUAGCUUAAAGGGCAAAGAUCAAUAUUCAGCCAAAACUUGUGAUGUGUUUAAUGGAACUUGGGUUCCAUAUCUUGAAGAGCCUUACUACACAAAUGGGAGUUGCCCUUGGAUUAUUGAUCAGCAGAAUUGUAUGAAGUUUGGGAGACCAGACCAGGAGUUCUUGCAAUGGAGGUGGAAGCCAGAUGAUUGUGAGCUUCCUUUGUUUGAUGCUGUUGAGUUUCUUGAGCUUGUUAGAGGGAAAUCUUUGGCCUUCCUUGGAGAUUCCGUUGGAAGAAACCAAAUGAAUUCUUUGGUGUGCCUUCUUGGCAAAGUGGCUUAUCCAGAGGAUGUCUCAGAGAAAUACUACAACAAUACAGAAUAUUUCAAGCGCUUUAUCUACCCGGAAUACAAUUUCACAAUAGGAGUACUUUGGGCGCCAUUUUUGGUCAAAACCAGAGAGACAGACCCCAAAGUCUAUUCAGGCAACAGCAGGAUGAAUCUCUACUUGGAUGAGCCUAAUGAGGGAUGGUCAACGGAGGUUGAGAAAUUCGACUAUGUGAUCGUCUCCGCGGGGCAAUGGUUCUUCCGGCCGCUCAUGUUACACGAGGGCGGCAGGCUCAUCGGGUGCUCGAAAUGUAUGGAAAAAAACAUCACUGAACUCACUCCCCAUUAUAUAUACAGGAGGGCCUUCCGGACAGUGUUUAGGACACUUCUAGGCCUUGAGCUCUACAAGGGGGUGACAUUCAUGAGGACUUUUUCGCCCGCGCAUUUCGAGAACGGGGCGUGGAACGACGGAGGGAGUUGUGAGAGGAGUAGGCCUUUCGGAAGAGGAGAAGUGGAGAAGGCCACUUAUCAGUACAUCUGGGAUAUGAACUCAAUUCAAGUGGAGGAGUUUAGAGCAGCGGAAGAGCUUGGGAAACAAAAAGGUCUUCAGUUUAGGAUGAUGGACACAACUGAAGCUAUGUUUAUGAGACCUGAUGGACACCCCAACUUCUAUGGACACUCACCACACAGGAACAUGACAAUCGCUGACUGUGUCCAUUGGUGCUUGCCGGGUCCCAUUGAUACUUGGAAUGAGUUUUUGAUGUACAUCUUGAGGACACUGCAGAGACCCCUUGAUGGGAAACUAUAGAUACAAUAUGGUUUUUGAUGAGACUAUACACAUAUUUUAUAUAUUUUACUGCUCUUUACAGUGUGAGGACGUAUAAUUUAUGCACAGUUGUGAUUAGGUACAGUUUC